CUGCGUUAUACUGCACAGACACACACACGUCUCUCUCUAAGAUGGAGCUGACUCAGAAUCCUCUGGAGAAGAUCUGGGUGCCAUGGAUGAACAGCAGAUUGACAGGCAGGAGAGGCUCAUCAGUGCCACAGUUCACCAACUCUCCUACUAUGAUUGUGAUGGUCGGUCUGCCUGCUCGUGGAAAGACCUACAUGUCCAAGAAACUUACACGCUACCUCAACUGGAUUGGAGUUCCCACUAAGGUGUUUAAUGUGGGACAGUACCGUCGAGACGCCGUCCGCACCAAUAUGAGUUAUGAAUUCUUCCGGCCAGAUAAUGAAGAGGCCAUGAGGAUUCGCAAAGCAUGUGCUCUGGCAGCAUUAAAGGAUGUCUGCUGUUACUUCACCCAAGAUCACGGACAGGUGGCGGUCUUUGAUGCCACAAACACCACGUUAGAACGCAGACAGGUCAUUUUGAGCUUUGCCAAGGAGAACGGCUAUAAAGUCUUUUUUGUUGAGUCUCUUUGUGAUGACCCAGAAAUCAUUGCAGAAAACAUUAAGCAAGUGAAGCUGAGCAGUCCAGAUUACAUUAGCUGUGAUAAAGAGGAGGCCGUCACUGACUUUCUCAAGAGGAUCGAAUGCUACAAACUCACAUAUGUUCCUCUGGAUGAUGACAGAGACAGGAAUCUGUCGUACAUUAAGAUCUUUAACGUGGGAAGCAGGUUUCUGGUGAAUCAGGUUCAGGAUCACAUUCAGAGCCGUAGCGUCUACUACCUGAUGAACAUUCACGUCACCCCUCGCACCAUCUACCUCUGUCGACACGGAGAGAGUGAGCUCAACGUUCGGGGACGCAUCGGAGGCGAUUCUGGUCUCUCGCCGGGGGGAAUCAGGUUUGCUGCUGUUCUGGGCGAGUACAUCCGACAUCAGUGUAUCCCUGACCUGAAGAUCUGGACCAGUCACAAGAGAAGAACCAUCCAAAGCGCUGAAGCCAUUGGUGUACCUUACGAACAGUGGAAAGCCUUGAAUGAGAUCGAUGCAGGUGUGUGUGAGGACAUGACGUAUGAGGAGAUUCAAAAUCAUUUUCCUGAGGAGUUUGCGCUCCGAGACCAAGAUAAAUACCACUAUCGUUAUCCAAAGGGUGAGUCGUAUGAGGAUGUGGUUCAGCGUUUAGAGCCCGUGAUCAUGGAGCUGGAGCGACAGGAGAAUGUGUUGGUCAUCUGUCAUCAGGCCGUCAUGCGCUGUCUGCUGGCAUAUUUUCUGGACAAAAGUGCAGAUGAGCUGCCGUAUCUGAAGUGUCCGCUGCAUACAGUGCUGAAGCUCACACCUGUGGCCUACGGCUGUGAUGUUGAAUCAAUCUUUCUGAAUGUUGAAGCAGUGAACACACACAGAGAAAGACCAGCGAAUGUGGAUGUGGACAGAGAUCCAGAAGAUGCCCUUCAGACCGUACCAGAACACAGUUAAAGGAGAUGGAGAAGACACCCUUCUGCAGUCAUGAUAAUACUUGGCAGUAAUGCGGAUUAAGAUGUUAUCAGUGACAUCACUCUCACUAUUAGUGCACAGAUUUUCUCAAUCGCGUUCAUGCAUUUUUCAGAUCAUAAUUGAUCAAAACUACUUGUUCAACCCCCACGCCAUCUUGACACUCGUUAUUUUCUAUACCUUUUUAUGACACUUUUUAUGGUCAUUGUAUGUCCAACUAAGACAAGAUGAAGUUCUAAUGGUAGGUUAAGCUAGGAGGUCGAGCCCGGCCUCAGGUUCAAGGCCCUUUCGAGGACAACGAGCCAAGUUUGUUUACCAUUAUUGGUUAAGACUGAAUGGGCAGGAGAACUCAUGAAAUGUAAUUUGUUCACAGAUUGCUUUUAUGGUAAGAAACUCAGAUCCUUCAGUUACUUGUUGAGUCUCUCUGUAGACUCUCAUUUAUAAUGGUGAUUUCACAAUGACAAGCCUGUGGCAGUGUGUAGGGGUGACGUCUAACUAGGGACCCUUAUGCCACUCCAAAAUUGUAUACGCUACUGGCAGUUUGAUAUUGAUUGACAUCUGACUUCACCUCUUAUUGUAAGAAGCUUUUAUUUGGACAUUUGGCGAGAGGGCAGUGCAGUUUUGAAGAAGGAUAUCAUCAUAUUAAAAGUCUGUUUCACCUUUAGCCUUGGGUUUAGGAUUCCUCAAAAACUUUUCACUGUGUAAAUUAGGCUCCAUUAACAGAUAAUUCAUUAUAAGGGAGAUGUUUACAUCAGGUUUGGAAAUUAACUGAGGCUAUGGAAAGAUGACAACAAGAUAAACAAAAUUGCCCUCCAAAUUCAAGAUAAAAGGGGAAAAACGUCCCCUACAUAAUGAAAAAAAUGACUGCGACAGUCACAAUCUAAAUUAGAUGAUGAACCAAUGUUGAUAACAGCAUUAUAGUAACAUUCAUUUUUGAUUUUCAUGUUUUAUGUUACAAGAGAAUCAGUCUUUCCAAAACGCUUUUCGCUCUUGUUUUGUAGCAUGUAAAACGUUUUGAUACAGUAUAAAAUCUGACAGUAAUAAUUCAUUUAGAAUAUAAAUGAAGGGCAAUAAUCAGCAUUAAUGGUUUUGUUUUAAUUCUGCAGUCCUAUCGAGUGAGUAUGUGUUUUAUAUUGAUGACAUCUGAUUCACAUCAGUUUAAAAACACUUCUGUCGCUGCUUUGUUUUUAAUGUCAAUUACAUAUCAGUUUUAUACUUGG